AUGGAAGAUGUUGCACGUGGAGAAAUAAAUUUUUUUACUCAAACAAUUGACGGUUCUCCUGCAUGGGUUGAUGUGAACGCUAAAUCAGCUUGGGCAACAUCUAAUUUUGCACAAGGACCUGCACAUGUUACUAUUCAUGAUUUGCGAGGCAAGGAAACAAGCGUAAACCUUAAUAUUCAUGCCAUGGAAGUACACAAAUAUGAUGGUGAAAUCAAUGAUGAAUUUGAUAACAACAGUGAAGAACAACAAAUAUAUUACAAUGAAAUAAUUUCUUUCUUAAAAAAUUAUCUUGGAGCUUCACGUGUAAUCAUAUUUAAUCAUUUAUUUCGUUCUCGUGGUACACCACGAACAGAUGAACAAUGCGAUAUGAAUCACAAGAAUCCUGUAUUAUAUCCACAUGUUGAUCUCGAUCCACCAGGUGUUCGAUGGAAAGUAAACGAGAUACUCGGCAAGGAAGAAGCUGAGAAAGUUAUGCAAAAUCGAUUUCAAAUAAUAAAUGUAUGGCGUCCAUUGGGUCCACAUGUUAUAAGAAACAAACCAUUAACCUUGUGUGACUAUUCUUCUCUUGAUGUUCAUAAUGAUGUUCAUCCACUUGAAGUUCGAGGAUCUACGAAUGCUCUCACAUCCUAUACGGUGUCUCGAAAUAAACAAGAUGCUCAAAGAUGGCUUUAUCUUAGUGAUAUGCGAUCUGACGAGAUGUUUCUUAUCAAAAUUUUCGAUAGCAAUCCAAAUGUUGCUCAAUUUUGCUUUCAUACAGCUUUUAUUAAUGAAAAUUUUCCUGAAUUAAAGACAGAACAGAAAAGUAUCGAAGUACGCUGUCUUGUUUUAUAUGAUAAUUGA